CUAGUUUAGAACAUUCUGCGCAGGUAGAGAGAGCGAGAGAACAAGAACAUAAGGGAACCACAGCGGCGGUAACAGAAGAACAAGCAGAGAAUGGGUCGAGUGAGAACGAAGACGGUGAAGAAAUCCUCUCGGCAGGUGAUAGAGCGUCACUACUCGCGCAUGACCCUGGACUUCCACACGAACAAGAAGCUUCUGGAGGAAGUGGCGAUAAUCCCGUCGAAGAGGCUAAGGAACAAGAUCGCGGGGUUCUCGACGCACCUGAUGAAGCGCAUCCAGAAGGGCCCUGUGCGCGGCAUCUCCCUCAAGCUCCAGGAGGAGGAGCGCGAGCGCCGCAUGGACUUCGUCCCCGACGUCUCCGCCAUCAACACCGACCACAUCGAGGUCGACAAGGAAACCCUCGACAUGCUCCACUCCCUCGGUAUCAACGACAUCCCCGGCAUCACCCAGGUUGAUCCUGUCCCUGUUCAGCAGAACUUCCCCUUCACCAGGAGGUACUGAUGAUGAUGGAGGCUCUUCUGCUUUGAGAAAUAAGACUUUGUUUUAUGCUUCUCGUUUCGUGUUUUCGUGGUUUUUAUUUUAUUUCUCAAGCCUUUUAAUUUUUGUUGUUGUUGCUACUGCUGCUGCUUUAGAUUAGACCGAGUGGAAUUAUUAUUAGGGUUUUUGGAUUAUAAGAAAUGAUAUACCGUUGGAGUCUUUGAUAUA